AUGGACUAUUCGUACGACGAGGACCUGGAUGAGCUGUGCCCCGUGUGCGGGGACAAGGUGUCCGGCUACCACUACGGGCUGCUCACAUGCGAGAGCUGCAAGGGCUUCUUCAAGCGCACGGUGCAGAACAACAAGCACUACACGUGCACCGAGAGCCAGAGCUGCAAGAUCGACAAGACGCAGCGCAAGCGCUGUCCCUUCUGCCGCUUCCAGAAGUGCCUGACCGUGGGGAUGCGCCUGGAAGCUGUGCGUGCUGACCGAAUGCGGGGUGGCCGGAACAAGUUUGGGCCCAUGUACAAACGAGACCGUGCCCUGAAGCAGCAGAAGAAGGCACAGAUUCGAGCCAAUGGCUUUAAGCUGGAGACAGGCCCCCCAGUGGGGGUGCCUCCCCCACCCCCUCCGCCUCCGGACUACAUGCUGUCCCCUGGCCUGCACGCGCCUGAGCCCAAGGGCCUGGCCUCUGGUCCACCUGCUGGGCCACUGGGCGACUUUGGGGCUCCAGCACUGCCCAUGGCCAUGCCCAGCACCCACGGGCCACUGGCCGGCUACCUCUAUCCCACCUUCUCUGGCCGUGCCAUCAAGUCUGAGUACCCAGAGCCCUAUGCCAGUCCCCCGCAGCCUGGGCCACCCUAUGGCUACCCAGAGCCCUUCUCCGGAGGGCCUGGUGUGCCCGAGCUCAUCCUGCAGCUGCUGCAGCUGGAGCCAGAUGAGGACCAGGUGCGGGCACGCAUUGUGGGCUGCCUGCAGGAACCAGCCAAAGGCCGCCCUGACCAGCCUGCGCCCUUCAGCCUCCUGUGCAGGAUGGCUGACCAGACCUUCAUCUCCAUCGUGGACUGGGCACGCAGGUGCAUGGUCUUCAAGGAGCUGGAGGUGGCCGACCAGAUGACACUACUACAGAACUGCUGGAGUGAGCUGCUAGUAUUUGACCACGUCUACCGCCAGAUCCAACACGGCAAGGAGGGCAGCAUCCUGCUGGUCACCGGGCAGGAGGUGGAGCUGACCACGGUGGCCGCCCAGGCGGGCUCCCUGCUGCACAGCCUGGUCCUGCGGGCGCAGGAGCUGGUGCUGCAGCUGCUGGCGCUGCAGCUGGACCGCCAGGAGUUCGUCUGCCUCAAAUUCCUCAUCCUCUUCAGCCUCGAUGUGAAGUUCAUGAAUAACCACAGCCUGGUGAAGGACGCUCAGGAGAAGGCCAAUGCCGCCUUGCUCGAUUACACCCUCUGUCACUACCCGCACUGCGGGGACAAGUUCCAGCAGCUGCUGCUAUGCUUGGUGGAGGUGCGCGCACUGAGCGUGCAGGCCAGGGAGUAUCUGUACCACAAGCACCUGGGCAACGAGAUGCCCCGCAACAACCUGCUCAUCGAGAUGCUGCAAGCCAAGCAGACUUGA